UGAAGAACCACACUCCAUACCAGUUGGUGGCGGUAAUGCACAUCUUCAAGUUAUUUGCCAACUGCCAAAAAACAACACAGAAGAAGAAGAAGAAACCCGGAAGUUUUCUGUUAGGCCAGAGCGCUGCAGCUAACCUUCGGACUUUCAGCUGCAGGAGUUUGUAUCCAUCUCUGGAUGUUGAAAGUCCGGGCUCUGCUUGGGAUUGGCUUCCUGGUGACCUCGCGGGCUGUGGUGUCUCUCACUCAGACGGGGACAUGCUCUGCUGCAGCUGACCACCACAACAAGAAUCGUUUCAGCAGCCGAGCAGGGUCCACGAUGGCCCACACCGUCAGAUAUCUCGGGCAGGAGGAGGCCCAGAAGAUCGACGAGGAGCUCUUCAGUGAGUACGGCUUCAGUGUGGAUCAGCUGAUGGAGCUGGCUGGACUCAGCUGUGCCACAGCCGUCACACGGGCGUAUCAGCUCUCGUCUCUGGUCAAAGCCAGACCUUCUCUGCUGGUGAUCUGUGGACCAGGAAACAACGGUGGUGAUGGGCUGGUCUGUGCUCGACACCUUAAGAUGUUUGGUUACGAGCCCACUAUCCUGUACCUGAAGAGACCCAACAAACCGCUGUUCCAGGGUCUGACCACGCAGUGUGAGAAAAUGGACAUCCCCUUCCUGACGGAGAUGCCUGAGGCUAAGGUGAUCGAUGAAGCUUACAACCUGGUCAUCGACGCCAUCUUUGGCUUCAGCUUUAAGGGAGCUGUGCGGGAACCUUUUGGUUCCAUCCUGGAUGUUCUGAAGAAGACCACCAUUCCCAUCGCCAGCAUCGACAUCCCAUCAGGUUGGGAUGUGGAGCAGGGCAGCGCCGACGGUCUCCAGCCCGACAUGCUCAUCUCUCUGACCGCUCCGAAGAAAUCCGCCUCCUUAUUCCGAGGACGUUACCACUUCCUGGGAGGACGCUUUGUCCCGACUGCCUUGGAGAAGAAGUACCAGCUUCGCCUGCCUCCGUACCCUGGCACAGACUGCGUUUUACAGCUCUGAGAGCAAAACAACGCGUCUUACAGCAGCUUAUCUGCUUUGUUUCUGAAAAUACUGUGAAAAACUCCUUAUCCAGUCCUCAUGUUGGGUUGUUUUCCUUCCUGUCAUCUUUUUAAAGUCCUCUAGAUCAGCACAUCUCCAGUUUGCCUGAAGGUCUUUCAGAGUUUUCCUUUCAACUUUGGUUGCUUUUUCACUCAGAUUCUGGCUCACUUCUUAUUGCUGUGGAAAAUAAAGCUUGUCUGAAUGCUU